AUGCAACGCGCAUCAGCCUCAACACCCACAACCCCUACAACUCCCGAGGGCACUCGACCUUCCAAACGCCUAAAGACGGAAACAGUAGUUGAUCCUAACGUGCGCGCAUUCCAAGAGGCCGCCGCCGCCGAAGAAGCGAAGAAGAACGCAUUUAUCGAACGCGCCGCCGCCGAAGCUGGAGAGACGAAAUGGGUCCUCAGUGUCAGUGACGACAAGCCCAAGAUUGCCGGACCAGGCCUGCGAAUCGUGGAAGCUGGAUAUGGUGCCAUUGACUCGGGUGCGCCGAUACCUGAAAGCGACAACGAUGAGGAAGAAGAGCAGAGUGCUGGAAUGGCAGGCCGAAGGAGUUUUGGAAAGUUCAACAAGGCUGUUGAGCGUCAACAUAACCCGGAUCUCUCAUCCUCGGAAUCUGAACACGACUCGGACGCCUCCUCAGACUCAGACUCAGAAGACGACGAAGACCUAGACGAAGCAGAACUACUCAUAAAAGCAGAACGAAAAGAAGCAGCAGCUAAACUACGUGCCGAACGCAAAGCCCAACGAAAAUCCGAAGAGAUAAAGUCGAAACAGAUGGCAGAGCGACGGAGGAGUAGAGACAUCAAUUUGAACAAAGUUGGUGGCAUUUCGAAUGCUGCUAUCAGGAGCAAGCAGCCUAAUGUGGCCAAUAUGGCUUGUCAUAUUUGCGGCCAGAAGGGACACUUGCAAAAGGACUGUCCAGACAAGAAGCAAAGAAGGGGUGACAAGAGGAAGAGUGGUGGUAGCAUGAUGGAUUAUUGA